AUAUUAAAAUCUAAAGGGCAGAAAAAUAAUGAAUUCAUUAAUAAAUAUUCUUAAAACUAAAUAAAAUUCAGCUCAAUUAUCAUUCAUUAAAAUGAACAAAAUCAUAUGAGAAUGAUAAAGCUCAAUGAUAUUGUAUUUCUUGGAGGAUCAUGCAACCCUUCUAAUUGGAGAAAAGAAAUCGCCAUUCCGUAUUUGAAUAAUUUGAAUAUCUCAUAUUAUAAUCCGCAGGUGGACAAUUGGACACCUGAUUUAGUUAAACAAGAAGAUCUCAUUAAAAAAAGUUGCAAAUGUCUUCUAUUUGUCAUAAGCGAAGAAACAAGAGGCAUAGCCUCAAUGGUUGAGGUUGCAUAUUUGUCAUCAAUGAAAAGGCACGUGAUUUUAGUAAUGAAAGAUACUUUUAAUUUUAAAACUUCGACAGAUAAUGAACAAAUUGAGUUAUAUAAAGCAAGAAAAGUGAUUGAAGAGAUUAUGCGAGUAAACAAUUUGUAUAAAACUGACAAUAUUGCAAAAGCUCUUGAACAAUGCGUCAAAACCAUAAAUCAAGAAAAUGUAGAAAUGAACACAAACUUAAGAGAUGUUAAUUUAAAUGCAGAGGAUUUGAAUUACUAUGACGUCUAUAUAUAUGUCUCAGAUGAUCUUUCAGAUUGAAAAAAAGUUAUCUAUUACCUAUUCUCCAUUCAAAGAAAAUGACUUACUAUGAACGUGUGAAUAAGUCUAAAAAUGAGUUAAACUUGUCUCAUUAUCGAAACAUACACAAGUCUAAUGUCAUCUUCUAUGCAAUUGGUGGAAACUCGAAAUGUCCAGACAUAUUAG